AUGACAUCCAUUGACCCUGAGACGAAAUCAUGUCCCCAAGAGGACCCAAAACGAGAGACUUCUCUAGGGAGCGUCACCAACGUCUCCCCCGAGGAGUCUCGCCGAUUCCUGGACAAGCAAACACUGAGCUAUGCCAGUUUACUGGGAAUGAUUGAAGACACACACCUAGAAGGCACGCAAUUCUCAUGGACAGCCUCGGUGUUUUACUUUGGAUAUAUGUUCUGGUCAUACCCGACCAUGUACUUGUCAGUCCGUUUGCCGAUUGGAAAGUAUCUAGGUGCCACCGUACUCGUCUGGGCCGCUGUCCUUAUGAGCCAUGCAGCCUGCCACAACUUCACAGGCCUGGUAAUCACUCGAUUCUUCCUCGGUGCCCUCGAGGCAUCCAUCGCCCCGGGAUUCUCCCUGAUCACCGGCAUGUGGUACACACGACGCCAGCAGCCCCUCCGGUACGGGCUGUGGUUUGCAGGUGGUUCCAUAGCUUCCUUAUUUGGAGGGCUACUUUCCUACGGCAUCGGACAUAUCGACAGCGGCCUGGCUGCGUGGCAAUAUUUGUUCCUGAUUUUCGGCGCAGUGACUGCUCUAUGGGGGGUCAUCAUGCUUGUCUUUCUCCCGGACACACCGUCCAACGCCUUCUGGUUGACCACCGACGAGAAAUCGACCGCAAUCCACAACAUCAUGGCUGAUGGCCAGGCUGGCGUGAAGGGCUCCUACAAGAUGUCGCAGGUAGUCGAAGCUCUACGAGACCCAGUGACCUGGUUCUUAAGUCUAUAUAGCUUCUGCGUGAACAUCGCCAAUGGCGGCCUCACAGCCUUUGGGUCACUUGUCGUGCAAGGAUUCGGAUACAAAGGUCUCCAAGCCCUCUUGAUCCAAAUGCCCACGGGCGGCGCCCAGCUAUGUUUCGUGAUAAUAAGCGCCGUGCUGUGCUCGUCAAUUCCUAACAUCCGUACGCUGACUAUGAUGGCACUUGCGCUGAUCAGUUUGUUGGGAAUGGUGCUCAUGUACGCUCUGGAGGAAAGCAACCAAGCUGGCCGCAUGGCGGGUUUCUGUCUCAGCUUGGCUUUCUCGGCCAACAUGCCGCUUGCCAUGUCGUUAAUCACCAGUAAUGUGCGCGGGCUCACCAAGCGGGCAGUGGUUAACGCAAGUGUUUUGGUGAUGUAUUGCGUGGGAAAUAUCAUUGGUCCCCAGUUCUUCAGUGUGGCUGAGGCACCGAGGUAUAGGAAGGGUAUUACGACUAGUUUGAUUGGGUUCGGGUUGGGAUUUUUCUGGCUGGUGUGUCUGCGACUAUAUUUACAGUGGCAGAAUAAGAAGCGAGCGAGUGAAGUGGCAUUGGAUGUGCCGCAGGAGGUGCUGCUUCUGGAGGAUCGGACUGAUUGGGAGACUCCGGGGUGUCGAUAUGUUCUAUAG